AUGAAGGAGAAAACUGUAUAUACCUUAAAUGUGGAUGAUGAAAAGUAUGAAGAUAUGGAAGGCGAAGGAAACAGAGAUAAUACUACCACUCUUCUGUUAUACAAUGAAGCUGACAGAUGUCCAAUAUGUCUUAAUUGCCUAUUAGAGAAGGAAGUUGGCUUUCCAGAAAAUUGUAAUCAUGUCUUCUGCAUGACCUGUAUUCUUAAAUGGGCAGAGACAUUGGCAUCAUGUCCCAUUGAUCGAAAACCUUUUCGGGCAGUUUUUAAAUUUAGUGCAUUGGGAGGUUGUAUUAAGGUUCAAGUAAAAAGACAGUCAAGAAAAAUAAAAGACAAAAAUGAAAGCUCUUUCAAACAGAUCUCCUGUCUGGACAAUUCUAAAAGCUAUAUAAGAAAACAUGCUUUCAUAAAAGAGGGUUUAUUAAGUGAACAGUUUUAUCACUUGAAGAUGAUACAUAGAAACUCUUUGUACAGUGAAACAGGAGAAAAGAAAAAUGAAAAAAGAAAUAAGCCUCGAAGUUCAAACUCUACAAAUCAGUGCUUCAGAAAUUUUUUCUUCAAUGUAUUUUCUUCUGGUAGUCACACUGGGGAAUUUUCUUAUACUCAUAAAGCAUACUGUACAGAAUUUAUAGAAGUCGGUGAAAUCACUACAGUGAUUAGGCAGAAAAGACAGGAACUGGAAUUGUCUUGGUUUCGUGAUACACUGCCUGGAAUUGGAAGAAAUGGUCUUAUACCCUGUGAUGUUGAAACUGAAGUCUUUCCUGUCUUCUCUUCCGUGUUGCCACAAACUAUUUUUCCGACAAGUACCGACAUAUCUUUAGAAAAUUUUGGUACUUAUUGGAAGGAAUAUGCAUUAACACAUACGCAAGAAGGAGAAGAGAAGAAGCAAACUUCUGGCACAUCAAAUACCAGAGGAUCAAGACGAAAACCUGCAACAACAACUCCUACAAGGAGAUCUACACGUAACACAAGAGCUGAAACAAUCAGUCAGUCUCAGAAUUCUCCACUGUCAAAUAAUUCUGGAUGUGAUGCUCCAGAUAACAAUAAUCCAUCUGUACAUGUUUCUUCUCCACCUGAGUCAGAAAAGCAAACUAGACAGGCUCCAAAACGGAAAUCUGUGAGAAGAGGGAGAAAACCACCUUUACUGAAAAAGAAAUUACGGAGCGCCAUACCUCCCCCUGAAAAAUCAUCUUCUGGUGAUUCAGUAGAUGAAGAAACAGCAGAGUCUGACACACCAGCUGUGUUAGAGAAAGAGCAUCCAUCAAACUUAGAAAGUAGUAACACUUGUAUUGUGCAGACCGAUGCAGAAAACCAGACCACGAAUGGCCUGAGAAGUGACACUGAGCAUAGAGUAGAUGGAAGUGAGACACAGAAUGAGAACCAUGAGGCGGAGGAACCAGUGAAGUCUUUGCAUCUUGAAUCUUCUACCCAAGAUCUUCCUGUGCGUGUUGAAGAGAAGGAAGAAAUUAAAAAAGUGGUGAAUACAAGUAUAGAGGCUGUUUUGUGUGUAGAAAGUGACGUUUCUAAAAAUAUUUCUGAAGAAGGAACUCAGUUUUUAGAAAACCAAGACCAAAUAUCUGGACAAUUAGAAUCAGAAAUAAAGACAGAUCCAUGCACUGAUCUUCCUCCAAAUGAUUUUCUUAAAUGUUCAGUACCUGAAAUUGAAGUACAACAAUCUAGUCCUAUUUGUGAGUUGCCUGAGAAUAUAGAGUCAACAAGUCAUGAAGAAAAAAAUACAGAGAGUCCCAUAGUAGAAAUUAGUGAUCAUAAAGAUUCUACAGUAAAAACAGAACCACUUGUAGAGAGUACCAAGUUAAACUCUUCUGAGAGUGAAAAUACACAAACAUUAGACAACAAUGAGAGUUCACACCUUCAAUUGCUUCAGCUUAUUGAAACUGAAGAUACAGAAAUAAUUGCUCAAUGUAAUAGUUCAGGAAAUGAAAAUUUCAGUAAUACUCAAGACUCUGAAAAUAAUGUAUUACAGAAUGAUCUUGACAGUACAAAAUUAGACAAAUGUUUAGAAGAAAAAACUGGAUCGCCAGGUAAAUAUCUACCAACUACAGAUUUGCCUAACACACAAACUGAAGAGACACAGAAGCAUUCUAGUGAGGACAGUAAUGAUACGGUCCCCAUGGAAUGUGAAUCACUUUGUAGUAACCAGAAUGAAACUGAAAUUAUACCAUCUGUAAAUGCUGAUUCAAAGCAAUUGAAUGAAAAUUCUUUGGCGCAUAGUUCUGAAAAUAAUAUGCUGUCAUCAGACCCUACAAAUGAAAAAGUUGAAACUGUAUGUCAGUCAUCUGAGAGUCCAAAAGAUACAGUAGAUAAAGUAAAAAGGCCUCGUACUCGGAGGUCGAGAUUUCAUUCCCCUUCUACUACUUGGUCCCCCAACAAAGACACUGUUCGAGAAAAGAAACGCUCUCAGUCUCCAUCUCCUAAAAAAGAAACUGGAAAAGAGAGCAGGAGGUCUCAGUCACCCUCUCCCAAGAAGGAAUUUGAAAGAGGACGCAGGAAAUCUCGUUCUCAGUCACCCAAAAAGGAUAUCACAAGAGAAAAGAAGAAAUCUCCAUCUCCAAAAAGAGAUAGCACAAAGGAAGUAAAAAAAUCUGAAUCACUAUCUCCAAGAAGAGACACUUCUAGAGAGAACAAAAGUUCUCAGUCAAGAGUAAAAGAUUCCUCUCCACGAGAAAAAGCCAGGUCCCAAAGCAGAGAAAGUGAUAGAGACGGACAAAGGAGAGAUCGAGAUAGAGAAAGGAGAACCAGAAAAUGGUCUAGAUCUAGAUCUCGUUCUAGAUCACCAGCCAGAUCUAGAACAAAAAGCAAGAGCACAACAUUUGGACGAAGUGAUAAUUACUCUCCUCGAUGGAAGGAAAGAUGGACAAAUGAUGGUUGGAGAUGUCCUAGAGGAAAUGAUCGGUACAGAAAGAGUGACCUAGAGAAACAAAAUGAAAAUACAAGAAAAGAGAAAAAUAACAUCUCAGAUGCUGAUGAUCCAAGUGCUGACAAACACAGAAAUGACUGUCCCACUUGGGUAACAGAAAAAAUAAAUUCAGGGCUUGAUCCAAGGACCAGAAAUCCAGAAAAAUUAAAAGACGCUCCCUGGGAAGAAAAUAGAAAUGAAAAUUUUUCAGGGAAUUCUUGGAAUAAAAACUUUGGUUCGGGUUGGAUGUCUAAUCGUGGUAGAGGUAACCGUGGCAGAGGCUCUUACAGAGGUGGCUUUUCUUACACAGAUCAGAAUGAAAAUCGGUGGCAAAACCGAAAACCCCUUUCAGGGAAUUCGAAUAGUUCAGGGAAUGAAUCCUUCAAGUUUGUGGAGCAGCAACCCAAUAAGCGGAAAAAUGAGCAAGAAUUCUCAUUUGAUACACCAGCAGAUAGGUCUGGGUGGACUUCUGCAUCUAGUUGGGCUGUGAGAAAGACUCUCCCAGCAGAUGUACAGAACUAUUAUUCACGAAGAGGGAGGAAUUCUUCAGGCUCACAGUCUGGAUGGAUGAGACAAGAAGAGGAAACAACUGAACAGGAUUCUAACCUAAAAGACCAAACAAAUCAGCAAGGUGAUAGUUCUCAGCUACCUAUGAAUAUGAUGCAACCACAAGUGAAUGUAAUGCAGCAACAAAUGAAUGCACACCACCAGGCUAUGAAUAUCUUCCCAUAUCCAAUGGGUGUUCAUCCUCCUAUGAUGAACAUACAGCGCAAUCCAUAUAACAUUCAUCCUCAGCUCCCCUUGCAUCUCCAUCCAGGGGUACCUAUCAUGCAGGUAGCUGCACCUCCCACUGUGUCUCAGGGACUACCUCCACCACCACCUCCUCCCCCACCAUCCCAGCAAAUCAACUACAUUACUUCACAGCCAGAUGGAAAACAAUUGCAGGGUAUUCCCAGUGCUUCUCAUGUAAGUAAUAACGUGAGUACACCAGUCUUUCCUGCUCCAACAGCAGCCCCAGGAAAUGUGGGGACAGUUCAGGGACCAAGCUCUGGUAAUACUUCGUCAUCAAGUCACAGCAAAGCUUCUAAUGCUGCUGUAAAAUUGGCAGAAAGCAAAGUAAGUGUUACAGUGGAAGCCAGCGCAGAUAGCUCGAAGACAGACAAGAAAUUACAGAUUCAAGAAAAAGCAGCCCAGGAAGUAAAAUUGGCCAUUAAACCAUUUUACCAAAAUAAAGACAUCACCAAGGAGGAAUAUAAAGAGAUUGUACGGAAAGCAGUAGAUAAAGUUUGUCAUAGUAAGAGUGGAGAAGUAAAUUCUACUAAAGUGGCAAAUCUCGUUAAAGCCUAUGUAGAUAAAUACAAAUAUUCUCGGAAAGGAAGCCAGAAGAAAAGCCUGGAAGAGCCCUUAUCUACUGAAAAAAACAUAGGCUAA